AUGCUCGGAAAAAAAACAGAUGCAGAGAGCAAAAUUUUUUUGAAAUUUUAUAAAAACGCUCGACUGCUUGGGUCACAUGGUCAAUCAUCACCACGUUAUAGUCAAACAUCUCCUCAAUAUUCCCCUCAAUCUCCAGCAUCAUCAACAAUAUCUUCAUCAAUUUCAUCUCCACGUACACAUGAUGAUGAUAAUUUAUAUGGCAAUGGAGAUCUUAUGUAUUAA